AUGCAAGAUGAAAUGGCUUCAUUGGAUAACUUUGGAACAAUCUUUCUUAUUCUACGUUAUGACUUGUCUCACGACCAACGGCCACACUGGGAACCUCGCCUUUUGGCUAUACCAUCACGCCCGCCACAGCGGGUUGAGACUUCCUGGGGAUCGACGCACUCCCGCUUAGCUUCAUCUGUUCUUUUCGGUGGCUUGCUCUCUUAUGCCGAGCCUGCAGCCCACAACUGGUGCCACCGGGUUAGGUAUAUCCAGGCAGGAAGGGUUGCCAAUCGUGCAUCUUUCGGUGCCAAGCCGCAAGAGCCGGGCAGGGCUGCAGCGUCGUCUGCUGAGCCCUCACCAGGGUUGAGAUUGGUACUGGUGGGGUUCAUGGGAGCCUUCAUUUGCCGCAGGCAACCAUCGCAUGAUGGCGGACAGAAGCAGUCUAGAACCUUGCCUUUACGAGCAGUAAGUCCAGCUGCAGUCAGUCCUCUUGGCACGGAAACGGGUGGUGGAGUCACAACCGGAGUCAUUACACGGCGGCUCAACGAGGGCCGACUCCCGUCGAAGAAGCGGCAACAGAGCGGCAGGAGGAAGAUGGAAUGGAGUCUACCGGUGGCCGUGUAUGAAUCCCCCGUCAACUCGGAACUCGUGGCCGUCAUCAAACAUUUUUCAAAAGGUUACACAGUCUCGAGAGUCAUAUCGUUCAACCUCGACGAGAGAAUUCCCUUGGUCCGCGAGUCUAUUGUCUCCCUUCCCGGCGUCGUACGACCAAGAAGUACGUCCGCCCAGGUGCGACCUACCCUGAUGGUCAUGACCGUUGCAGAGAGACAAUACGCCAGAAAGAGAGAGAGAAAAAGAAAAAAAAAAGAGGUUGGUAUGGGAUACGGCCGACAUGCCAUUGAUGAGAUUCGUUGUUCGUCCUGCAUGUCCCGAUACAGGGUUUGGCAGGUAUCCGCUUUCCGUCUAUACUACAGUGACAACCCGUCGUAUUUGACUGCUACACAGCAAUACAGGAGGACAUCCUCACAAGUUCGCGUUGGUCAAUACUCGAAAAUGACAGAUCUUUCAUGGCGGGAGGCGGUCAAGCUUCAGGAUGGCCGGCAACAGGGGAGGGAGCCGUUGACAGAAGAGACAGGAAUGGCCACACGGAAGCAACGACAUGUCACGGAUUGGGGUCUUGAAUGGGCCUCCCAAAAACAGAGUCUACAUGUAUCGGCGCCCCACAGGUUUGUAGAGAAAGGGUUUUCCUUCUCUCAAACCACCACCGCCGCCCACCCCCAAAAUAAGGAAAUGACCUCUCAUGACUCUGAGAUGACCUGCUUUGUCUCUCCCGUUGUUUUUCAUCCGAUUCUCAAUUUUCGCCUCUCGAUCAAACCAGGAGAAAAACUCCCCGAGACACGCGAAGGAACCUCUCCGAAUGUGCCGCGUACAGUUAUUUUCGCCUCUGCCCCUAGGCCGGGUACGGUAUACGAUAUCACGGACAGACGGACGGGACGCGCGGGUCUCUACCGCACCACCUUAUCGAUCUUGACGAGCAGCUUACCACCUUCAAUCGGCCUGUUCUUGACGGUCGAGGCGGAUACAUGCCCACGAGAGAAGCUCGUCGCCACCGAGGAGUGGAUCAUCCUCAAUCUUGAAUCUGCGCGGUUCAAACACAAAGAAGCGGGAGAAAAGAAGAACAACGUUGCGGUGUGCGGCGGCCCGGGCUGUCAACGCGGCGGCCCGCGUGGCAGGGGGCACAACUCGACGACCGACUUCGUUCCACGAGCGUUCCCGUCUCGUGCCUAUGACGCAGAGCGGCAACGGGUCCCGGCAUGGCAUCCGAGGAUGAAUCAGGCCAUUCCCGGGGGUCGGGGAGCCGUCACCACUUCGGAUCACGUUACACCGCCGGAGCUGUUCUGGUCUUACAAGUCGGACACGCCGGCGCGCGGGAGGGUAGGCGCGGAGCCGCGCACAUCUUUCUCGCCGUCUUCUCGAGUCAUAUUCUCAAAAGAUCGUCAAGGCCCGUAG